UGACGCAUAUCAGCACUUGAGUCGGACAGUGCGAUCAGAAAGCCUGCCAGCCACUUUACAGAAGAGACAUACGGUGAGAACAGUCUCAGAAGGCAAGCAAGUUAAAAGCUAGUAGCCUACGAAAAUCCUCGAAGUCGCGCAAACCUGAGUAAUAACGAUUUACAGGACUGGACCAAAACCCCCCUGAGACAACGAGUGAGAGAGAGGAAAAGAAAGAAGCAGUAGAGAGAGGACACCCUGUACUCUGUGUGUCCCGUGCUCCUGGAAGAAGUUUCCUGUAGGCCCCAGAUCCAGGAUCAGCUGCCCAUCCUCCAAUCUCAAUCUUAAUCUCAGGAGGGAAGCACACAACUGAACUGAAAUCAGCAUCUAGAGGAUAACUUCCUCCUAAUCCUGGCGUUUCCUGGCGACAGGUGUUUUUGAUCUACUUCCAGGAUUAGCGAGAGGAGCCACAGCUAAUAGGCUACCAUGCACCGCAUAAGGACUACGGUUGUUAGGCUACGGCCUAUCGCGGCCCCCCAGACAGCCAAGAGCCAAUCACAGGCCAGGUUGGCAACUGUGGGAGGGGCUUUGAGGACGUUUCAGCCAAUGAGGAGUUACACUGCGUCGGUGUCGGCCGAGCCUUUUCUGAAUGGGACUAGUUCUAAUUAUGUGGAAGAGAUGUACUACGCGUGGCUGGAGAACCCUAGGAGUGUACACAAGUCAUGGGAUAUUUUCUUCCGGAAUGCCAAUGCGGGGGCGCCACCAGGCGCAGCCUAUCAGAGCCCUCCUCGUCUGGGUGGUGCUGCUCUGGGAUUGGCUAACGCCCAGGCGAUGGUCGGGGUGCAACCUAACGUGGAGAAGCUGGUGGAGGACCAUCUGGCUGUACAGUCGCUUGUACGAGCAUACCAGAUUCGGGGUCACCACGUGGCACAGCUGGACCCUCUGGGCAUCAUGGCUGCCAUCGACCCAGGCCCUCCCCCCUCUGACAUCAUCACUUCCAAUGACAAACUGGACCUCUCUGGGUAUAAAGAGCGCCUGUAUGAUCUUACUGCUGAAGAGUUCUAUGGUCUGGAUGAGUCCGACCUGGACAAGGUGUUCCGGCUCCCCACCACAACCUUUAUAGGGGGCAGCGAGAGCACUCUGCCCCUCCGAGAGAUCAUACAGCGCCUCGAGAUGGCGUACUGUCAGUCCAUUGGAGUAGAGUUCAUGUUCAUUAAUGACCUGGAGCAGUGCCAGUGGAUCAGACAGAAGUUUGAGAGGCCAGGCAUCAUGCAGUUCACCCUGGAGGAGAAGAGGACCCUGCUAGCCAGAAUGGUUCGAUCCACCAGGUUUGAGGAGUUCCUGCAGAGGAAAUGGUCAUCAGAGAAGCGUUUUGGCCUGGAGGGCUGUGAGUCUCUCAUCCCGGCCCUGAAGACCAUCAUCGACAAGUCCAGCAUGAACGGAGUGGAGAGCAUCAUCAUGGGCAUGCCUCACAGGGGGAGAUUGAAUGUGUUGGCUAAUGUGAUCCGUAAGGAGCUGGAUCAGAUCUUCUGUCAGUUUGACUCCAAGCUUGAGGCUGCUGAUGAGGGUUCUGGAGAUGUGAAGUACCACUUGGGGAUGUGGCACCGGAGGAUCAACCGAGUCACUGAUAGGAACAUCACACUGUCACUCAUGGCUAACCCUUCCCACCUGGAGGCUGUGGACCCCGUGGUGCAGGGCAAGACCAAGGCUGAGCAGUUCUACUGCGGGGACACAGAAGGCAACAGGGUAAUGUCCAUCCUGCUCCAUGGUGAUGCAGCGUUUGCUGGCCAGGGGGUUGUCUAUGAGACCUUCCACCUCUCUGACCUGCCCUCCUACACCACACAUGGCACUAUUCAUGUGGUGGUCAACAACCAGAUUGGUUUCACCACCGACCCCAGGGUGGCGAGAUCAUCCUCUUACCCUACAGAUGUGGCCAAGGUGGUCAACGCCCCCAUCUUCCACGUCAACGCGGACGAUCCCGAGGCUGUCAUGUACGUGUGUAAUGUCGCCGCCGAGUGGAGGGCGACCUUUCACAAGGACGUAGUUGUCGACCUGGUGUGUUACAGGCGUAACGGCCACAAUGAGAUGGACGAACCCAUGUUCACCCAGCCUCUGAUGUACAAGCAGAUCAAGAAGCAGAAAGGAGUCCUACAGAAAUACGCUGAGAAACUCAUAGCAGAGGGAGCUGUCACCAGACAGGAGUAUGAGGAGGAGAUUGCCAAGUAUGACAAGAUCUGCGAAGAGGCUCACGCUCGCUCCAAAGACGAGAAGAUUCUACACAUCAAACACUGGCUAGACUCACCCUGGCCCGGUUUCUUCAACAUGGAUGGCCAGCCCAAGAGUAUGACCAGUCCGUCUACAGGCCUGACUGAGGAGGAGCUGGGACACAUAGGACACAUUGCUUCAUCUGUCCCUGUGGAAGACUUCACUAUACAUGGAGGUCUGAGUCGUAUACUAAAGAGUCGUGCGGCGAUGGUGGGCCAGCGUGUGUGUGACUGGGCUCUAGGAGAGUACAUGGCCUUUGGCUCGCUGCUCAAGGAGGGGACACACAUACGUCUCAGCGGACAGGACGUGGAGAGAGGAACCUUCAGUCACAGACACCAUGUUCUCCAUGACCAGAAUGUAGAUAAGAGGAUCUGUAUUCCCAUGAACCACAUCGCUCCUAACCAGGCUCCAUACACUGUCUGUAACAGCUCUCUGUCAGAGUACGGAGUAUUGGGUUUCGAACUGGGUUUUGCCAUGGCUAGUCCCAAUGCUCUGGUUCUGUGGGAGGCCCAGUUUGGGGACUUCCACAAUACAGCCCAGUGUAUCAUAGACCAGUUCAUCUGCCCAGGACAGGCCAAGUGGGUCAGACAGAACGGAAUAGUCCUACUGCUACCCCAUGGCAUGGAAGGAAUGGGUCCAGAGCACUCGUCAGCCCGACCAGAGAGGUUCCUGCAGAUGUGUAAUGAAGACCCGGAUGCAUACCCUAAAUUCUCUGCUGAGGAGUUUGCUGUGCGUCAGCUGUAUGACUGUAACUGGAUCAUAGUCAACUGCUCUACACCAGCUAACUACUUCCACGUCCUCCGCAGACAAAUACUACAGCCCUUCAGGAAGCCUCUGAUAGUCUUCACCCCCAAGUCUCUGCUGCGCCACCCUGACGCCAAGUCCAACUUUGACGACAUGCUGACAGGUACCCACUUCCAGCGUCUGAUCCCAGACAGUGGUCCUGUGUGUGAGAAGCCAGAUGGGGUGAAGAGGAUUGUGUUCUGUACUGGGAAGGUCUACUAUGAACUGACCCGAGAACGCAAGAACAGAGGCAUGGAUAAUACUGUGGCCAUUGCACGCAUAGAGCAGCUCUCUCCCUUCCCGUUUGACCAGGUGAAGGUGGAGACAGAUCGUUAUCCCAACGCUGACCUGGUGUGGUGCCAGGAAGAGCACAAGAACCAGGGUUACUAUGACUACGUCAAACCCCGCCUCCGCACCACCGUUGACCGCACUCGCCCCGUUUGGUAUGCUGGUCGUGGGCCAGCAGCAGCUCCAGCUACAGGGAACAAAGCAGCUCACCUGGUGGAGUUACAACGCUUCCUAGAUACAGCGUUUAACCUGGACGCAUUCACUGGGCAGUCCUAACACGCUUAUACUAUAAUCCCUAUGCCCUAUACUCCUCAAUCUCAACUCUGGACCUCCCAGCCAGUUCCACUGCGUUUUUUCAUUGUCCCCUCUAAUCAGGGCCUGAUUUAGACCUGGGACACCAGGUGGGUGAUUCCCCUCUAAUCAGGGACUGAUUUAGACCUGGGACACCAGGUGGGUGAUUCCCCUCUAAUCAGGGACUGAUUUAGACCUGGGACACCAGGUGGGUGAUUCCCCUCUAAUCAGGGACUGAUUUAGACCUGGGACACCAGGUGGGUGAUUCCCCUCUAAUCAGGGCCUGAUUUAGACCUGGGACACCAGGUGGGUGAUUCCCCUCUAAUCAGGGACUGAUUUAGACCUGGGACACCAGGUGGGUGCAAUUAAUUAUCUGGUAGAACAGAAAACCAGCAGGCUCCGGACCUCGUAGGGCCAGAGUUGAAUACCACCGACCCUAUACACCACACACUACCCUUACCUCACCUGCUGAAGUUACACUGCUUUUUAGCCAGGUUUUAACCUGGAUGUAUACACUAGAGUCUUAGUAGACUUAUACCCUAGACUCUAACCCCAACACCCUUAAUCCUACUCGUAUCCCUCGUACUCGUAUCCCUAAACCAGCAUAAACUGGAUAGUCUUAACACACUUACCCUGAACCCUCAUUCAGUUUCUGUAUAUUAUUUAUAUAUCAAGACACACUAUGAACUAUCUGCUAUGAAAGACCUUAGAUACAAUGAUACGCACACUGACUGACCUUAGGUCCUCUUGCAAUAUAGGGAAAUGUCCAUGCAGUUUGACAAUGGAUCCAUUUUAAGAGGAAUGGAUUCAACCAUACAAAUGCCCUCCAUUUUCCUCUCUCACUUUCUAUCUCACUACUCAUUCUCCAUUUUCCUCUCUCACUUUCUAUCUCUCACUACUCAUUCUCCAUUUUCCUCUCACUUUCUCUCUCACUACUCAUUCUCCAUUUUCCUCUCUCACUUUCUAUCUCUCACUACUCAUUCUCCAUUUUCCUCUCUCACUUUCUGUCUCUCACUACUCAUUCUCCAUUUUCCUCUCUCACUUUCUAUCUCUCACUACUCAUUCUCCAUUUUCUACUCAUUCUCACUUUCUAUCUCUCACUACUCAUUCUCCAUUUUCCUCUCUCACUUUCUAUCUCUCACUACUCAUUCUCCAUUUUCCUCUCUCACUUUCUAUCUCUCACUACUCAUUCUCCAUUUUCCUCUCUCACUUUCUAUCUCUCACUACUCAUUCUCCAUUUUCCUCUCUCACUUUCUAUCUCUCACUACUCAUUCUCCAUUUUCCUCUCUCACUUUCUAUCUCUCACAACUCAUUCUCCAUUUUCUCCAUCCCUCUCUUCCUCUAACCCUCUUUCAUGUAUUCUUCCCAUUCAUCAUCUCUUUCAUUCCCCUCUUAUUCUUUCUCUCUCCUUGACCACUCACCUCCUUCUCUUUUCUCCUCCUCCCUACUUUUCCCUCUCUUCCACCUCCUGUGCCAAAUGUAAACAAACUGUUGGGAGAUGAGAGAUUACUAUUAUAUUAUAUAAAAACAGUGUAUAAGCUUUGCUAGUAACUUAUGAAGAGACAAGGUAAAAAUGCUUACUGGUCUGGUGGGGAUCUCUUUCGGAAAAGUAAAGGAUUUAUUUAUUUUCGCAUAGUGUUCUGUUUGUUCUUUAAUCAUUUAUUCAUUCAAUAAAGACAUUGUUGGUGU